CCACAUGCCGCCCUGCCUGAAAAGGCUGCGAGGCGCCGGCGGGGAGCGAGAGGAGGUGCAGACGGCGCCCCAGCCCGCACCGCCGCCGCGCCCCGGGGGAUGCCGAGGCGCCGGCCCCGCGGGUCGCCCUAAGGGAGAGGAGCUUCUCCGGCACCGCCCGCCCCGCAGCCCCCUCCCGGGGAAGGCCGCCGCCCCGCGCUGAGCCCCACGCCGGAGCCGAUCGCCAGUGGGGCGCCCACGCCGGGCGCGGCGCGCCCGGGGUAGGGAGGCGAAGCCCGGCCCCGCCGCCUCGGGUGUUGGUUCUGUUGGUUCUGGUUUUAAUUCCUUCCGAAGGAUGGAUACGUUUCUUCUCGCGUGGGGAUUUCUAGGGCUGUGCUUGCGCGGCUCCGGAGGCACCGCGGAGACAGCUCAGCCAUGUGGGGGCCGCCUGAACUCCAAGGAUGCUGGGUACAUCACCUCUCCGGGGUACCCCAAUGACUACCCCUCCCACCAGAACUGUGAGUGGGUCAUCUAUGCCCCUGAACCCAACCAGAAGAUUAUCCUCAACUUCAACCCUCACUUUGAAAUUGAAAAACACGACUGCAAGUACGACUACAUCGAGAUCCGAGACGGGGACAGUGAAGCAGCAGACCUGCUGGGCAAGCACUGUGGGAACAUAGCACCUCCUACUAUUAUCUCUUCUGGUCCUUCUCUCUAUAUCAAGUUCACCUCUGACUACGCACGGCAAGGUGCCGGCUUCUCCCUGCGCUACGAGAUCUACAAGACAGGCUCUGAGGACUGCUCCAGAAACUUCACCUCCUCCAACGGCACAAUUGAGUCUCCAGGUUUCCCUGACAAGUAUCCACACAACCUUGACUGCGUCUUCACCAUCAUAGCCAAGCCAAAGACAGAAAUCCUCCUCCACUUUCUGCUCUUUGACCUUGAGCAUGACCCACUGCAGGCAGGGGAAGGAGACUGCAAGUAUGACUGGCUGGACAUCUGGGAUGGCAUCCCUCAGGUUGGCCCCUUGAUAGGCAGGUACUGCGGCACUAAGAUGCCAUCAGACAUCCGCUCCACCACCGGCGUCCUCUCCCUCACCUUCCAUACGGAUCUGGCAGUGGCUAAGGAUGGUUUCUCUGCUCAGUACUACUUGAUCCAGCAGGAAGUCCCAGAAAACUUCCAGUGCAACAUGCCACUGGGGAUGGAGUCUGGCAGGAUCUCCAACAUGCAGAUCAGUGCCUCCUCCACCUACUCAGAUGGGCGAUGGACCCCUCAACAGAGCCGGCUUAACAGUGAUGACAAUGGCUGGACCCCUAAUGUAGACAGCAACAAAGAGUACCUCCAGGUGGACCUCCACUUCCUGACUGUGCUCACAGCCAUUGCCACACAGGGUGCCAUCUCUAGAGAAACCCAGAAUGGUUAUUAUGUCCGUACCUACAAGCUGGAGGUCAGCACCAAUGGCGAGGACUGGAUGAUGUACCGACAUGGGAAAAACCACAAGACAUUUCAGGCCAAUGAGGAUGCCACGGAAGUGGUUCUCAACAAGAUCCACAGCCCGGUGCUCACACGCUUUGUGCGCAUCCGUCCCCAGAGCUGGCACAACGGCAUCGCCCUGAGGCUGGAGUUGUAUGGCUGCCGCAUCACCGAUUCACCCUGCUCCAACUUGCUGGGAAUGCUCUCCGGCCUCAUCCCUGACUCUCAGAUCUCAGCCUCUUCGACCAGAGGCUAUGACUGGUCUCCCAGCAUGGCCCGCCUGGUGAGCAGCCGCUCGGGCUGGUUUCCCCGUGUCCCCCAAGCCCAGCCCGGGGAGGAGUGGCUGCAGGUGGACCUUGGCGUUCCGAAGAACGUCAGAGGCGUCAUUAUCCAGGGGGCUCGUGGAGGGGAUAGUGUGACAACCACAGAGUCCCGCUCCUUUGUGAAGAAGUUUAAGGUGGCUUACAGCAUGAAUGGGAAGGACUGGGACUUCAUCCAGGACCCCAAAACAAUGCAAGCCAAGCUUUUUGAAGGCAACAUCCACUACGAUAUCCCUGAAGUCCGGAGGUUUGACCCUGUUCCUGCACAGUACAUCCGAGUGUACCCAGAGAGGUGGUCCCCAGCAGGAAUAGGAAUGCGCCUGGAGGUGCUGGGCUGCGACUGGACAGAUGUAAAGCCCACAGCAGAGACGCUGGUGCCCACUUUGAAGAGUGAAGAGACCACCACCCCAUAUCCAACUUAUGAAGAAGCAACCGAGUGUGGUGAUAGCUGUGGAGAAGAGGAGGAUUUCCACCUUCCUGCAAACUUCAACUGCAACUUUGACCUCCCUGAAGACCUCUGUGGUUGGUCACACGACUUGGCAACGGGUUAUACGUGGUCUUUACAGCCUACAAACACCUGGACUGGCAACUCUGAACCAAGCCCUGAGACUGUGCCUGAUGGCAAGAAUUACCUGCAGCUGCAGAGCAGUGGAAGGAGGGAAAGCCUGCGAGCCCGGAUCGUCAGCCCCGCCAUCUACCUGCCCCGGAGUGCUGUCUGCAUGGUCUUCCAGUACCAGGCAUGGGGCAGCAACGGAGUGAUGCUACGGGUCUGGCGGGAAGCCAGCCAGGAGCACAAGGCACUGUGGGUCAUCAUGGAGGACCAAGGGGAGGAGUGGAGGGAAGGCCGCAUCAUCUUGCCGAGCUAUGACAUGGAGUACCGGAUCGUGUUUGAGGGAUUUAUACGCAACGGCUACUCGGGAGAGCUCGCCCUCGAUGACAUCAGGAUAGGCACCGACAUCCCGCUGGAGAACUGCAUGGAACCCAUCACAGCUUUCCCAGGUGAGAACUUCUACUUUCCAGUAAACUUCCCAAGAAUGGAGGAUGACUUUCCGAUCUCUGAGCAAGACUUUGAAGACAACGAUGAUUCAGAUUACUUUGGAUCGGAUAGGAACGACACACUGUUCUCUACUAACUCUCCAGGAACCCCAAAGCUGGACAAAGAAAAAAGCUGGCUGUACACCCUGGAUCCCAUCCUGGUGACCAUCAUAGCAAUGAGCUCCCUUGGCGUCCUCCUCGGGGCCAUCUGCGCUGGUCUGCUUCUCUACUGCACGUGCUCGUAUGCCGGGCUGUCCUCGCGGAGCUCCACCACGCUGGAGAACUACAACUUCGAGCUGUACGAUGGCAUCAAGCACAAAGUCAAGAUGAACCACCAGAAGUGCUGUUCGGAGGCCUGAUGGGUGUCCUGGGAAUCACCCUCAGCAUUGUGCCCGGUGAGGUGGGCUGGCAGGGGGGUACUUUAUUUGCUGUUUUCCAUGGGAACUGAAUGCCAUAAUGGGGAAUGAGAAGUGCGGGAGGAGUGAGGGGAGGCGCUGCUCCUGCCACCAGGUCCCACUGGUGGGUCACGCUCCGCCAGGACCAAGCGGGUUUUUCCGCAACCUGGACUGUGCUGGGCGAGGGGGAACCGAGACCCUUGUUUAUUGGUUCAUCUUCAUUUUCUGCUGAUGCGAGUGGCUGGGUUGUGGCAAAGGAGACUGGUUUACCUUUUGGAUGUUAAAACUAAAUGUUGAUUGUUAUUUUCCACCUCCUUUCUCUGGUGAGUUGCUGAGAAGGCUGAGGGAUUUCUUUAGAAAUAACACACACACACGGAGACCCUGUCCAUUUUAGAUCCCAUCCAGAUAUCGUUUUGGCUGUAGGGAUUUGUGCAUUUCACACUAAGUCCAGAAAGCUGCAGUUUCCAGUCCUGAAAAUGGAAGCGUGCUGUUACCUCCAACCUUCCUUCUCCUGGUAGGGUGGAAAGGUGUGAUACUGGCUUUAGUGUCAGUGGUAGCAACAGUGCUUCCCAAAAUCAUUAAGAAACAAAAUAGAAAGGAAACCCUAUGUGUAGAAGCACCUCUUUGAGAGAAGCUGAAGAGCCUUAAAGCGAUUUGCGAAUAAGAGCCGUUUAUUAAAUCCAGAUCUUGGACUGCAACAGCUGAGGCCUUCAUCAGGAAGGCCUUUCUUUGAAUCUCCCACCCAUCUCAAUCCUGCCCUUCUUCUUUUUGCUAUAAUGCAAAAGUUGCAGCAAACAAAAAGUAAAGCCUGUCAGGCUGCCGGCGCUCAGGCAAUGGCUUUGGGAAGGGGGCUUCACUCUUGGUUUGACUUGGGGCAUGGUGCUGAGGCCUCUCCAAAGUGCCAGGGAGGGAAAAUGAACAGGGGAGGAGGCUGGAGCCGUGGCCAUGUCCCUGGGAACCCACUCAUGGCACCCACCACCCUGCCCUUCACUGGCCCUCUCUCUUUCACAGUGCUCCCCUUCUUUAUGGAGCUGGGGAGCACAAGCUGGCACUGUCGGCACUGGUGGACCAAACGGCUGCCGCCGUAUCCCUUCGGAGCAAAGCUGCGCUGUUCCCGAUCAGUAGCAAAAACCUGAAGUUUUAUUUAUGAUGAGCUGUGUUUUGUUUUACUUUGAACAAGUGCCUUAGAAGAAGUAUUUUUCCUCCAUCUGAUGAUCAGUGCUGUAUCAAACAACAAGUGAGGCCUUCAUCCUUCCCUGGCAAAACACUCUUCAACACUCUCUACCUUGUAGAGCCUGGGAGAAGUCUGGUCCUUCUGCUUUCAAGUGGUCUGGCUACAUUGUCUGGCAGCUGAUACCUCUCCACUUACCACUGUGCCGUGGGAGAGGAGUGUUAUGAAAACAAUUUAAUGGAGAAACAAGAAUUCAAGUGCUGGGCCCCAAACCAAUGCCUUCUUUUCCAAUUCGGCACAGAUUGAUUGUCCCUAUCAGCUUGCACAUAUAUAAGCAGGAAAGCUUCCCAACACGUUGUGCUUGCUUUUCCAGAGCACUUUGGAAAUACCUGACGUGUCCUGAUUUUACAUUUUGCCUAGCAAAUAGUUUGGGGAUGGAUUUUUUUCGCCUCACUAACCACAGAACGCCAAAGGUGUGAUGUGCUGUGAAGCUCAGUUGGCACAGCGCCUGCAAACACAUCCUGCAGGAGGCCAGGUGUUUGGGGAGAUGAGGAGAUGAGCACGGACAGUGCCACAGCUGCUCCUCAGUGUGGUGGGAACGGGAACAUUUAUCUAGUGUUUCAUGGAAAGCUCCAUCUGACAGUAAGGUUGGGGGGGGGGAAGGGGAAGACUUCUCCACUAUGAGAAAGAUGUCUGGGUUACUGGGGAAGCUGAUACCAGCAGCUGUGUCAUCAAGACAUCCACAGUUCAUACACAGACAUGCAGGGACGGGCAGACACAAAGGCCUUCACUUUUUUAAUUUACACUGUGUGCCCAACAGAAACAGCAGUAAAUGUAUCUCAGAUUCUCCUUUCCAGUCACUGUAUUUCUUUUGGCGUUCUUCGUGGACAAAUUCCACAGGGGUGUUAUUUUACCACACAGAAGAAACAGGCAGUAAGAGGGAAUGUACCAGACCAUUUCAAAGCUGGAUUGCUGCUGCUGAAUGAUUUUUAUCCCCUUCAAAUCGCAGGAGAGGGGAAGGAUGAAUGGAAAAAGACCAUACAGUAGAAAAGUUGACUUAGGCAAACAAUAGGUGAAAAUAUAUAAAUUAAAAAGGUGACGUUAUGGUGUCUAGUAGGCGUACAGAGAAAAGAGUUCAUGUAUACAUAUAUUCAGAAAUAGUGUGUUUGCACACGCACGUGAAUUCUCUGUAUCGUGUAUGUGACUUAUUCCGUGGGACUGACUCGUGUUAAUAUAUCUCUUGAUCUGGGGCAGGAGAGUACUGCUGAUCUUGGCACUAACUUGGGCCCAGCAAAGCGCCUGCCCCGUGCGUCCUGCUUGCCCCUUCCCGACGGGGCAGGACCCACGUGCGUGCGCUUGCCAGGCAGGAGCAGGCCGAUAAUGCUGCAAAGCCGAUACCUCACUUACCUCUGCUGGGUGCUUUACUGUUCUACAGAAAACUGUGUUUGAUUGUAACUUCAACAGGGGAAAGAAAAGUCGUCAGUGCAUUUGAUUCAUUGCAUCCUCCUCUGCAAAUAGAUUAGGAUUUCCGAUCACAAUUCCCUCUGUGAAAUUCAGAAAAGAGAGAAAAAAUUGGUGUUAAUGCCUUCACUGAAAUGAGCUGUUGCCUCCAUGCUCUUCCCGUGGUGAGGACGUGUUGCUAACGGGCGGGAUGUAGUGCCGGAUGAUUUCAUUCUGUGGGAAGGUGCCGGGGCUGAGCAUGGGAAUUAAAGCAUUAAGAAAUUAUAUGCAGAAAUGGAACUUCUCCAAGGUUUGCAGUUCAAGGUGUUUGACCAUUCACUGGCUGAGCCAGGACUUACGGACUUAAAAGAGCUUUUACUGUGAUUCUUCGGUGUAAAAAAAAAUACAAACAAAAAAAAGAAAAAAAAAAGAAAAAAUCAAACUGUGUUUAUAUGAUUUGUAUAAAAACCUUUUAAAAUUACUAUUUAAUAAACAUUAUGGUAGAGAUUA